GAGCAGUGGUGGGCAACGAAAGCGAAAGAAAUGGAAAAGACAGUGUCUGUAGGCAAAACCAGGCAACUCUCCAGACUAAUAAAAGAAAUCGGAAUUAAGAAGUCAAGUGUAAACCAAACAAUCUCGGAAAAAGACGAAACCGUUAUCUGCUCUCAUCCCAGAUGUUUAGAACGAUGGGCGGAAUAAUUUAGAGAACAGUUUAUCUGGCCUUCAGUUACUCUACAGUUACCCACGAUUCCCAGAAAACCUGAAUGGAACAUUGAAGUAGGCCCCCCGACCCUACUUGAAGUUCAAAAGGCUAUAGCUAAUUUGAAACGAGGGAGAGCAGCUGGUCCAGAUGGAUUGGCUCCAGAGGUCUUUAAAUAUGAUGGUCCAAUUUUAACGAUUAGGUUGACUAAUAUUUUGGCUGAAAUCUGGGAGUUGGACGUAAUCCCAUCCGACUGGUCACAAUCACUGAUUGUCCCAAUAUAUAAGAAGGGGUCAAAAUCAUCUUGUGAUAACCAUAGAGGGAUUAGUCUGACUAACAUAGCAUCUAAAAUACUAGCUUCAAUAAUUAUCGGGCGCCUAACUAAGACUCGUAAACUGUAAACAGGAGAAUAGCAGGCUGGCUUCAGACCUAGUCAUGGCUGUAUCGAACACAUUCAUUAUUCGUCAGGUUUUAGAACACAAACAUGCUUAUCGGCGUCCGAUAAUGAUAGUUUUUCUUGAUUUAAAAGCAACAUUUGACUCUGCAGACCGAGAGGCUAUGUGGCAGUGUCUGUCAUUGAAAGGAGUACCUCAGAAGUACACGAACCUUGUGAAGGAUGUUUACUGGAAGACUAGCAGUCGAGGGAGAGUUUAUGGAGAACUUUCAUCUGAUUUCGCAACCUCAAGUGGUGUCCGACAAGGCUGUCCACUAUCUUUAUUUUUGCUUAACUUCAUUAUAGACCUAUUGCUGGAAAUAACACUCUCGUCGACUGAAUUUUCAGGAAUUGAUCUUCUACUAGGAGGUUCACUUAUCGACUUAGAAUACACAAAUGACAUAGUUUUGUUUUGUGAAGACUGACAAAAUGCAGAGUCUACUGUUAGAACUGACUAAUAAUGCCAGGAUGUUUGGGAUGCGUUUCUCCCCAUCCAAAUGUAAAUUGUUACUCCAGGACUGGCCUGCGUCAUCACCUGAACUAAGGAUAGGGAGUGAAGUAGUCGAACGCGUCGACAACUUCACUUAUCUUGGAAGUCUAAUCAGCCCUAAUGGGUUGGUGUCUGACGAAAUCUCAGCACGGAUUCAAAAAGCUCGUUUGGCUUUUGCCAACUUACGUCACCUAUGGCGAAGACGAGAUAUCCGUCUAUCAAUUAAGGGACGAGUAUACUGCACAGCAGUUCGCUCUGUUCUACUUUACGGCUGCGAAACGUGGCCAUUAAGAGUAGAAGAUACUCGUAGGUUACUAGUAUUUGACCACAGAUGCCUUAGAAAUAUUGCUCGCAUCUGCUGGGAUCACCGGGUAAGUAAUAGUGAGGUUGGACACAGGAUAUUAGGGAAUGAUGGUAAAUCAGUUGAUGAAGUUGUGGAUCUUCAUCGACUGAGAUUGUUGGGCCACGUGUUGUUACGUAUGCCUGAACAUUCUCCCAUGAUUUUGACUUUGACACUACCACGGUAUAUUUCAUUGCAUUUCAACCACUAUUAUUUAGAUAUUGUUAUUAUUGUAGAAGUCAAGAGUCAUCUCUUGUUUUCUGACCUUCGUUGAUACCAUUUUUUGUUAGUUUCGCAUCUGAUAAGUAACCUAAUCAUUAUAUUUUGGUUAAAUAUGCUAAAUACGAAUAAUAACUUUAGUUCUCUUAUAUAUUAAGUCAAUCGUGUAUUAGUCCUUUCUUGUAAAUCUAAUAUAAUUGGAGGUUGAUUUAUCGUUUCGAUCACUUCAGUCACUGGAGUAUUCUAUUUGAUCAACUGUUCCGUCAUAUCAGGCUCUACUAUACAAAGAAACUGAAAUGUAUAUCAUCAUUAACACUUCCACGAUGUUUGUCUUCCAAAAUUAAUUAUCACAUUUUGUAACUACCUUUAAUCGAUUAGCAGUUUUAAACUACUAAAAUCUGUUUACAGAAUACAAUUCUCUUGUUGUAAAUAUGUAGGUGUGAUAAUAGUACUAGGGGCUACAAAUAAAUUUGAGAAAUUUUUUGUGUUGGUUCUUAGUUUUCCAUUAACUUCGGUUCCUAUUUAUCCUAAAUUUUCAAAUCUAUCUACCCAAUACAUCGAAUUUAAAUUAUUACAAGACUUCUUAUUUAUCUACUUUUUUAUAGAAUAACUAAUUCACCUACUAUAUGUAGUCUUUGUUGGUGUACAGAAAAUUGUUUUUUAAUUAGUCGGGGACAUUCAAUUCGUAUUUGUCAAAUUUCAGAUCGGACUAGUAAUUCUGAUCAUUCACUACAUUCUAGCAAUUCUUCAUUAACUUAUCGAUCGUCUCAAAGUUUAUCCUCAGUUGAAUGUCGUAUUGGCUUGCCAAGUCGUUAUGUUGAAAUCGUACAUCAAAUUAAUAUGGAUGAUUCUAUUAUUAUUCAUAGUGUUUCAAGACAUCAGGCAUGUAUUCUACUCUUAUUUAAUGUUAUUAACGACUUGUCUAAAUCAAACUAUGAAAUAUCUGUUCUUGAUAUUGAUUUAGAUUCAAUAAGUAAUAAUUUAAUUUCAUCUAAUCAACAAUAUAAAGAAAUCUAUCAUGAAAAAUUGUCAAUGAAAUCAACUGCUUCAUCACACAUUGUCGGUCUAGUUAGUGUGCCUCAUGAAAAUACGCAUUAUAUUUUUUCAAGAAAAGAACUAUUUUGUGCUCAAGAACUAACUCUUGAUGAUCGUAUUGAUUGGUUCCUUGAAAAUAGUUUAUUUUCUAAAGGACUUGAAGCUGCUCAAGAACAUCCACGAUUGUUGACUCGUCAUACAGUUCAAUCUGUUGGCAUAACGUAUAUCGAUUAUCUACUAAGUGAACGUUAUUUCGUUGGAGCUGGAAUACUUUGUGCACAAGUUUUAUCAACUAGAGAAGCUUGGGAAGAACAAGUUCGGAAAUUCUCAAAUAUCGAUCAUUUAGAGGCUAUUGUACCAUAUCUACCGGUUAGUGGUGAGGAGAAAUCUGUGAAACUCAAUUCUUCUACAUACGAAUUAAUUCUAACCGAUUAUAUGAAUCGAAUGCCUAUUCUAUUUGCUCAAUUAUUAACUGAAUGGUGCAAAUUAGGCGUUGUUGAUAUUAGUGAAAAUUUUCUUAGAACUUUACUAAACCGUAUUGAACAGUAUAGUUCUUUAUCUGAAUCUGUUGAUCUAACCAAAUUAGAUACAGAAGUACAAGCAUUAUAUCGUGGUUUAGCAAUAAUAUAUGAACAAAUGGGAUCUUUUGAAUAUGCAAUAAAUAUAUUAGUUCGUCUACGUGAUCCAGAAGUGUUUACGCUUGUAAAACGUAAUAAUGUCAAACUGAAAGAUCGUCGGCUAGUGGAUAUAUUAAAAGACCAUUUGAUUUAUUUUAUGGAGUUAAAUACAACAAAAGCGAUUAAUAUGCUGAUGGAUCAUAUUGAUCAAGUUUCAAUUGAUUACGUAGUCAAUCAACCUAAUUCGGAUUCUAUGUUACUUUAUCAAUUUUUAGACAGCGUUUACUAUCGAUAUCCACAACUUAUUGGCCCAUAUUUAACUCUUCUAAUAUCCUUAUACAUCAAAUUUUGUCGAAGUAAAUUGCUACCUUUGUUAAAGUCUACAGAUCGGUAUCCUCUAAGUGAAGCCCUAAGCUUAUGUGAACGCGCGAAACUUGUACCAGAAACUGUUUAUCUACUGACUAGAGUUGGAAGACGUCACGAUGCAUUACAGUUAAUUAUGACGAGGGGAGGCGAAGACUCGUCACUUGGAGAAUAUACAACUCCGGAACAACGCCAAGCUAUAGCUGCUGCAAAGUCGAUCGAAUACUGCCGAGAAGAAGAUGGUAUUCGCGCGAAAAAUCGUCGCCCUUUCCAUCGACAUCGUAGUAUGAAUAAUCCAAAUUGUAGCAAGGAUUGCGAUGAAGACGAAGGUGAUGAAAAUGCUGGUGAACUAUGGCAACAGGUUAUUUUAUUUGCAGCGGAUAAGCCUGCUUUCAUAUGUGCAUUACUACAAAAUGCAGGCUGUGAAGGUCUCGAUUCACGUCUGCUACUACGUAAAAUAUCACCAGACAUGACUAUACCUGGACUUCGUGAUGCAAUUGUCAAGCUUAUGCAUGACUACAAGAUUCAACUUGAACUGCAGCAAAGCUGUUCACGCAUUUUGUCAUCAGACAUGCAUCAGUUAUUCUUACGUGUUAUCAAAAUGCAAAUGAAAGGAAUUCGUGUGAAUUCAAGUGCUUGGUCCUCUACUGGAUGUGCAGUGUGUCUGCAACCUAUACUGAACAAUAACGGGCAAUCAUGGCGAAGUGCAAAUCAAUCAAAAUGUGAUGUAAAUAGUCAAAACAACGAAGAAAAUCAUCGGUCAUGGGCAAUUUUUCAUUGCAAUCAUAUUUGUCAUGGAGACUGUUUAUCUAAUGAAGAAACGAAAUGCCCUUCAUGCUCAAAAUCACGUAUAAUAUAAUCCUCACUGACAAUUGACAAAAGCUGUAAACCUUGUGAUUUAUUUUAUCAUUUUAAUUUACAAAGGGAAAAUAUUGAACAGACUAUUUUUUUAAAGUUUGAUCAUUAUUUUUUUCUUUCUUUUUGAUAUAAAAAAACAAACUUUUUAUUGUUGAAAUC